AUGUCAGAUUCCAACAAAACUGACUUCACCAACCCCUCCACCUUCAUCCUGCUGGGUAUUCCUGGGCUGCAGACAACCCAUAUCUGUAUCUCCAUCCCCUUCUGCACCAUGUACGCAAUAGCCGUCUUGAGAAACAUCGCCAUCCUGUUCAUCUUGAAGAGGGAGCCGAGCCUCCAUGUGCCCAUGUACUAUUUCCUCUGCAUGCUGGCUGUCACUGACCUUGUCCUGUUGAUAGAGUCUGGGAUCUUUGUGGCCAUGGCUUUGGAUCGCUACGUAGCCAUCUGUGACCCCCUGAGACAUUCCACCAUCCUGACAAAUCCUGUGGUGGCCAAGGUAAUCCUGGCCGUAGUGCUGCGUGGCAGCAUGAUCGUACUGCCCUAUCCCUUCCUGGCGAGGCAAUGGCCAUAUUGCAGAACCAACAUCAUCCCCCAGUCGUACUGUGCGCAUAUAGCUGUGGUUAAGCUGGCCUGCGCCGACACCCGUGUCAAUAGUUACUACGGCCUCUUUGUGCUUUUCGGUCUCUUCUUCUCCCUCAUGUACAGAUUUGCCCAAAAUGUGCCCCUGCAUUUCCAAGUUCUCUUUCCCAACAUGUACCUCUUUAUUCCCCCCAUGCUAAACCCCAUCGUCUAUGGGAUGAUGACCAAACAGAUCUGGGUCACACUGCUCCGGCUCUUUACUCAUAAAGGGGCCUAA